AGCCUUAACUCUGAACAUAAUGCCGCUGUUUGUUUCAUGAUGAAUUUAUAAUAAACCCCUUGAAGAACUGCUACUUUUCUUGAAGUAUGAGUGACUAGAGAGGUUAGUGUAGCUUUCGGUUAUUUAAAAAUACAAAAGACCAAAUAUAUAAGGAGUUUUAUUCUCCCUCUCCAAAAAAAAGUUUUUACUCUCACUUUUGAAUCAGAUGUCCCCUUUUCCAACUGCACGUGAAUGCAUCACCUUUACAGUUUCUAUUUCCUAAUUUGAAUGGGCUUUUCUUUUUUCUUUUAUUAACCUCUCAUUAAAUUGUCUAUCCUGUUCAACAAUAAACAGAUGUUUAGUUGUCCAGUGUUAACGUGAAUCCCCUUCACACAUUAACAUUGAUUGCUGAAAAUAUAAGCUCUUCCUCAUCAUCAAGCAUCCAUGAAACUAUUGGUGGCUUUUGAGGUUAUAGUUUUCAUUUGCUUUUCAGCAGUAUAACUGUCAUAAACGUUGAGUUUUUAUAAGGCAUCAUACAGGAUGACUCUCUUGUAACUGUAAUGUGGCAGCAUAUGUGACAUUCUACUGUGAACUUUGCUGUCCCUGUUGUAAAUGUGACUACAGUUGGUCUGCUCCACCCAGGGAACAGCGAUUAGGAAUUCCUGGACUUUUUUCCUUCUCCUUUUUCCUGCUUUUUCUUUAUCUCGAUAGACCGUCUGCCUUCUGGGCUGCUGACUGAAAGUGGUUUUGCUUCUGUUUACUGUAAACAAAGAAAUGUCAACCAUGGGAGUAAAGCGGCUCAAGUCAACCUGUGCAUGGGCGACAUAAUCUUGGCUAUCGAUGGAGAACCGACAGAAAACAUGACUCACCUGGAGGCGCAGAACAAGAUCAAGGGCUGCGUGGAGGAAAUGGUGCUCUCCAUAGACAGGUCAGAGGCUAAAUUGUGGUCACCGCUUUCCUCCGAGGAAGGGAAGGCUCAUCCGUACAAGAUGAAUCUUGCAUCAGAGCCACGGGAGGUAAAGCACAUCGGCUCCACCCACAACCGGAGCGCCCUGCCGUUCGCCGGGUUCGGCUCCAAGGUGGUGACCAACCAGUACAACAGCCCGUCUGGCCUGUACUCUUCAGACAACAUCAAGGACUUCAACUCUGCCGUGGACGAAGUCAAGACUGUGGCUGCAGCCAAUGACCCCAACAACAAAGCUCCAUCAGAUCCGUCGGCAGCAGGAAAACGUCCGUCAGUCACGGCAGAUUCAGAGGUUUACAAGAUGCUGCAAGAGAACCAAGAAUCCACUGAACCACCUCGACAGUCGGCUUCAUUCAAGGUCCUGCAGGAAAUCCUUGAGACGGGGGACUCGGAGAAACCGUCGGGCUUCAGGAGUGUGAAAGCACCCACAACAAAGAUGGGCUCAGUAGGGAACACGGAGAAGCUGCCCACCUGUGACAAAUGUGGAUCUGGGAUUGUGGGAAUACUUGUGAAGCUGAGGGACAAGUUUCGCCACCCCGAGUGCUACACCUGCACGGACUGUGACGUUAACCUGAAACAGAAGGGACAUUUCUUUGUGGAGGACCAGAUUUAUUGCGAGAAGCACGCGCGUGAGCGAGUGACUCCGCCCGAGGGCUACGAUGUGGUCACCGUCUUCCCCAAGUAGAGCGAUCACUGAGACUGGCCUCGGACAGCACACCACUGUAGUACAAGAGUCAAACAUUUAGCUCAUGUUCUUACAUCCCUGAAAACUGAAACGGUCCUGUCACAUUACACUUCAUUACUGCCACUAGUAUGCAGGAGUGUGAAGCCCUUCAUGAAAAUAUUGAUUUGCACAUUAACUUUGGCCUGAAUAGUAUGAAAUUUCUAAUUUUUUUUUUUUUUUUGUUUUUCUUUGUUUUUACCUCCCAUGAUAUGUAUUACGGCCAUUAUUUUCAUGUUUUUCUUUGUGUAUGCUCACUGUGUUCUCCUCAGAAAAAUAGUAUUCGUCAGACCAGAAAAGGCUGUUUUAAACAGAUUUUAUUAAAUAAAGUUUUGUAUUUGUUUUUUUAAUCCUUCAAAAAUAGCACAAACCGCCAAAUAAAUUUUUAGCUUGAAUCCAU